CUCUCCACACUUGGAUCAUCCACUCAAGUAGUGUGAUACAUCAGCAAAAGCAGGAGCAAGCUAGAAAGAUAUCCAUUAUCCAUGGCGAUGCGAUCUGUCGUUUUACGUAGUGGGCUGGGUCGUUUAAUGGAGGGGACUCCCCGAUCGUCUUCAAUCUCCGCCUUUCGCUACUUUGCCGAUGAUAAAGGUCGUGUCCUCAGCGAAGAAGAGCGUGCUAAGGAGAACGUCUACAUUCAGAAAUGGGAGAGGGAGAGGUUGGAGAAGCAGAAGCUGAAGGCGGAGAAGGAGAAGGAGAAAGCUGAACGUGAGAAGUCUGAAAAGAAAGCUGAAGAACAGGCCCACAAGAGUUGAAGUGACUGUUUCUGGACUCUGUUGAUUGUGCAACUUUGAGCUCAAAGCUUUUCAUCUCCACAAAUAAAAUGUGUUGUAAAUAACUUUGUCAUAACUCUUGACUAGUGUUUCUUCCUUAAGUAGAGUGUGGUUACUCUUGUUCAUAUAUUCACUACCGGUGUUACGAUUUUGUUUUUCCUUCCGAUUAUAAAAAUUUCACUGUUUUCUUCUGUUA